AUGGAUACAGACCCCCAACUUCCGCCACCCGGUGAGCCAAAUCGCCGCCAUUCCGAAGAAUCAAUUCGAGAUUCGGACCUGCCCCAACUCCAUGUUUUGAAGAAGCGCAAAGUCACGAGCGAGGCCGAAAUCAAGAAAGGCAAGAGCUUUUUGAAAUCACAAGCCUCCUUUGAUAUCAACUUUUGGACCCAAGCCGCUAAAUUUGAAGAACUAGAGCUCAAAGACGCCAACAUUAAGCGCAAAAUUUCAAUAUGCAACUCGGGAUUAAGCGAAGCCGAGUGGAGCGAGACCAACAAAGAUUCACAGGGAAUUAUUGAACAAAUCAGAGCCUCAGAACAAUCCAGGAAGAUUUGCGAAAGACAGCUCCACAAGCUUGAACCCACAAGUCGAUGGAGAGGUUUCCGAGCUUCAUUCAUGCAGUUUUUCACAACUUCCAAGAUUGGUCUUGGGAUUCAGUCAACGGGGACUGGCAAACGCGAUAGUAGGGUUCAACAAGAGUUUCGACAGCGUUUAAUCCAAGAAUAUCAAGCCCAUCAUCCGGGACAAAAGUGGCUGUGGUGUCCUAUCCUUGGGGAGUAUCAGGCUCCCGAGCUGGUCAUCGCUGCACACCUUUUCCCAUGGAAACAUGGGCAAACCAAUAUGAAUGCUAUUUUUGGUAAAAAGAAAGACAGCGAGCUCUUUUCACCCCGAAAUGGGGUAUUGAUAAGCCGGCAAAUCGAAGAGGUUUUUGAUAUCGGGAAAUUGGCUAUUGUCCCUUGGCUUCCCGAUAAUAACGGGUUCAAAUUUGAAGCACUCAAACAUUGGCUGGAUUGCGAGCAACGAGAAUAUCAAAUGAAGGUUUUGGAUCUAAAAUGGGACCGUCUACGAGAUCAAGUCACCCCGUAUCACCCCCUUACAUUCCAAGAUCUCGAUGGUCGAAAAUUGCAUUUUCUUGGCCCUGCUCGACCCGCGGCGCGGUAUGUCUAUUUUCACUACUGUAUUCAAGUCUUGCGCUCAGCUUGGCAGAUGAAUGAGGCGAAAAAUUCCCAUGGAGCUGCCAAAUUAUUGGAAGACGAGAAUGGCAAGCCUUUUUGGGGCACGCCUGGGAGGUACCUCCCUAAAAAUAUGCUACUGGCGCUCGUUGAGGAGCUUGGUCACGACUACGAAGCGCUCUUGGAUGGGGCUAGUUGUAAUCAAUCGGGAGACCCCGAUUUACUGUUGAAACUGGCAGUCGACCAGGUCAAAUCUCGCCGCCGAUCAAAUUUGGAUGGGGUAUUCGAACCGAGUGACUCGGAAUUGGAGUCCGAGGUCGAUAGUGAAGAAACGGAGACCGAAGAAUGA